AUGGCAGAGGAUAUAAAUGUUACGUUUAUUAUACCAAAGGACUGUGUUAAUGAAGACGAUUGUUCGGAGGAAAUGAAACUCGCCUUCACCGCUUGUGAGCAGUACAGCGGCGGUGGCCUCAGAGCCAAAUGGGUUAAUGAAAACGAUUGGAAUAAGUUUGAUGGUUUAACCAAGAGGGAUGUUUUUGUUCUGACAGCAUUUGAAGGAGAAAUAUAUGAUAAAUUAAAAACAACAAGGAGCCUGUUAGUAGGUCCCCGUUGCUUAUCAUGUUCAUUAAUAGAAGGAGCACCAAUACCAAGAGGUCCGGAGCCUGUAUUCACUAUUGCCAUGAGGGGCCUGGUUAUCACUGCAAGUGGUUUGACAAAAAGCAAAAAGGAGAAUAUAAAGCAAAAAGUUCACUGGAUGGGUGGUAUAUAUAAUACAGUCUUGACCGAUGACACUACACACUUAGUGUCUGACACAGUCCUAUCGGAUAAGUAUAUUAAAUCUGUGGAGAAGGGAAUACCAAUAAUGCAAGAGAGCUGGGUCGAGGCUGUGUGGGUGGCGUCCCUGCAGAUGAAUGUAAACGGCUCAUCGGCAGACUUCGAUGGGCACCGUCUGCCCCCGUUCGCGAACCUUCAAGUCACCACCUCCGGCAUCUCUAAGAAGGAUAAGCAGAUGAUAAUGAAACUGGUUAACGAAUACGGGGGCGCCUUCUCGGGUGCAUUCCAAAGUGAGACAACAGAUGUCGUGGUUUUGACUAAAGAUGGGGUGGGCAGUGAGAAGUACAAAGCUGCUUUGGAGUACGGGAAGGCGUGCGUUUUGCCGUCGUGGGUGAAAGAUUCAGCCACCAGAGGGGUCGCGCUGCCUCUAGCAAAGUACAGAGUGGCCGGUGCCUCCACUUCCUCACCGCUAGCUGAGCACCGCUUGCCUGAUAUGAGUUUAAACUUUUCUCGCAUAACAAAUUUGAGGCCGCCAAGCAAUUUCGUUGACGAAUCCAGAUCCGUUGAUAUGUCAACAAUAUCGGGAAGAACAAAGCUAUCCCAAGAGGGGAAAAGGUCGAACGAACACGCCGGCAUCGACAAAGAGAUAAUGGCGGAGUUUGAAUCGUUUGACAUGAGCUGUUUGAAAAAGGCGGGUCCAAUAUUCGACGGGUUUUGCAUCUGGCUGACGGGCCUCGAGGGCGUGUGCCGCGAGCGCGCCGCCUCGUGCGUCUUAAUGAAUUAUCUAAGCCCCCAGUCUUGGGAUAUCUGGCUGACGGGCCUCGAGGGCGUGUGCCGCGAGCGCGCCGCCGCGUGCGUGUCGCGCUGCGGCGGCGUGCGCUACGACGCGGCGGGCGCGCGCGUCACGCACGCGGUGGCGGGGGGCGCGGCGGCCGCGGCGGCGGCGCGCGCGCUGCCCGCGGUGCCCGUGCUCAGCGCGGCGUGGCUGCUGCGGAGCGCGCGCGCCGGGCGGCCGCUGCCCGAGGCGGAGAUGCUCACUAAAACCCUGCCGAUUGCUCAGUUCCUGCUGGACGCGAAGCCGGCCACGCCCGCCAAGUGCCGCGCCCGCCCCGAACCGGCCUCCCCUAUGAGCAAGCGCAACCUGCAGCUGCUGCGCCACGCGCCCCUCCACCUGCCGCCGCCCACCCCCGAGCUGCCCGAGCCCCAGGACGACCUCGUCAACCAUUACCUGAGCCAAAACGUGCCGGAACCAGUACGAGAAAAGACCCCGGAACCGCCGGCGGCCGACCCCACGUUGGUACCCCAGCAACCAGAUCCCACGGAAGAUUUAGAAGAACCCACCGAAGAAAUUGAGCAGAUAUUCAGAGGCGUGACGAUCGAGGUGCAGGGGCUGGACGAGGAGGCGGCGUGCGAGCUGGGCGCCGAGGUGGCGGCGGCGGGGGGCGCCCUCGCCGCGGCGGGGGCGGGGGGCGAGUAUGCCCUCGUGCCGCUCGACUUCGACGCCGACGAGCUGGUCACGAGGGGCGCCGAGCCUGUCACCGUCUUCUGGGUGAAAGACUGCCUGUCGCAACAAGAGCUGCUGCCUAUCCAGUACUAUCAUCGGCCGGUGCGGCUGCCCCAAUGGAGCGGUCCACCGCCUCUCCACGGUGUGGUUGCCAGUCUGAGCACGUACAGCGGCGUCGAGAGGGCCUUCCUCGAUGAGCUGGCUAAACUGCUGGGUGCCACCACGCAGCUGCGCUUCUGCCGGCGCACGGCGGGCGGCGCGCUCGCGUCGACGCACCUCGUGUGCCCCGCGCCGAGCGGCGACAAGUACUGGGGCGCGCUCAAGUGGGGCCUGCCGGCGGUGCGCGCCUCGUGGCUGCUCGAGUGCGCCGAGCGCGGGCGCCGCGUCGCCGAGCGGGCGCACCUCGUCGGCGAGACCAAAGCCCCGCCGACUCCGCAGCAGUCGCCCCUCAAGGAGCCCGAGCUGACGGCGGCCCGGGAUCGAACCUGCGACUCGACCGACAAGGAGAAUGCCGCUCGGCUACCAGAGGACCCACCUGACCCCAAGCCUAACGAUGGCGAUGACAUGUCGCCAGCUUCGAGGUACAUAGCGAUGGCGCGUCAGGGCUUAUUGGGCGGCGACUCCCAGGAAACGCCGAAGAGGCUGCAAGAGCUCAAGGGGGAGGCGAAACCCGGCGCCGAUGUGCGCACGCCGCCCCUGGAGGAGGCGCUGUCCUCGCCCAACCUGGCGGCGCUGAGCCCCACCACGAGGCGGCGGCUGCGCGCCGUGCGGCAGGGCGAGAUGCCCUCCGACCCAGUGCGCACGCCCCUCGACCCCUUCGAAGGGGGCGCGGAGACGCCGGAGAGCGGGUUCGGGGCGGCGCUGCGGCCGGGCGGCGGGCGCCUCUCGCCCGGCUCGCGCAAGCGCCUCUGGCGGCUGGUCAGCGAGCUGCCCCAGCGCUCGCCGCGCCCGGACCGGCCCCACCACACGCCCCUGUCGGAGAUCCGCAACCGCUUCCUGGCGCAGUUCAACUCGGGCGCCCCGACGCCGCCCAACCCGCCGGAGCAUUCUGUGGCGCCGAGGAAGCUCCACAUGCAGGAUCAAGUUGAAACUCCUCCGGCGAAAAUUUCAAAGCUGUCCGUCGAGCAGAGCGUUGGCAGCGAGGCGUCGAUAGCGGAAUCGGACCCGGGCAGCGGUUCCAGCGCUGCGGCCGGAGCGCUGCCCGCCGCCGUGGACGCGCAGCUGCAGCGCUUGAGCGCGGCGCUCACCGGCCGCCUCUCGUCGCAGAGGGCGAAGCGGCCGAGGGACUCCGUCAGUCUCGCGCCUGCGUUGCCCGCGGAAAUCGAACCCGGGCCCCUCUCGCAGCCCAACACCGUGGGCUGGGACGACUCCGCCGCGCCGCAGCAGCCCGCCCAGCAGCUCGGCACCGACCAGGUCAAGAGGUUCAUGCUCUCCUCAAACGUCGACAACCGCGAGGAGCUGGCUUCGAUGAUCGUGCAUUUGGGCGGCGUGGUGUGUGAGGGCGCUGAGCUGGACCCGAGCGCUACGCACCUCCUCUGCUCGGCGCCCGGUCGUAGCGAGAAGAUGCUCGGAUCCGUAGCGGCCGGCCGCUGGGUGCUACACCCCGCCUACAUCACGCGUAGCCGCGCAGCCGGCCACUUCCUCGAGGAGGAGGAGUUCGAGUGGGGCAACGGGCGCGCGACAGGGAUGCCGCCGCUCGGGCCCGCAGAGGCGCAGCUCGCGCGCGCCGCGCACCGCUGGCGGGCCGCGCGCGCGCGAGCCCUGCCCGGGCCGUUCGCCGGCCUGGUGGCGCUGCUGCACGUGCCGGCCGCAAGGCGCCGCCUGCUCGAGCGGCUCGUCGAGGCGGGCGGCGGCCGCGCGCCCGACGACCGGCCCCCGUACAGCAACGAGGCGGUGACGGUGUGCUUCGCGGACGUGAAGCGGCAGCCCCUCGCCGAGCGGGACGCCGCUUGGCUGCGCGCCCGUCGCGUCCCCGUCUGCGCGCCCGUGCUGCUCAGCGCCUACCUGACGGACGACGCGCCGCCCGACCCGACGCAGCACUGCCUGCCCGAGUUUCGACCUAAA